CGGGAGUGAUGGCGGCGUCUGCACCCUCCUCCUCCUCUGGCGGCGAACCGGAUCCCAACUCGACAAAUUUACGACCACCGGGCUCAAGCUAUGAUGCCUGGUGUGGAGUUGCUCAUGGAUGUACUAGGAAAUUGGGAAUGAAGAUAUGUGGGUUUUUGCAGAAGAACAACAGUUUGGAGGAGAGGAGCCGGAUGAUGAGUUCCUUCAAGGAGCGCGCGGCCAAGAACCUGCUGUCCUGCGAUAACAGCGGAGGAGGAGAAGAUGCGCACUUCAGACGCACGGAGACCGACUUCUCCAAUCUGUUCGCCAGAGAUCUGUUGCCCGCCAAAAAUGGAGAGGAGCCGACCAUCCAGUUCUUGCUGGAGAUUGUGGAAAUCCUCACCAACUACGUGCGGAAGACCUUUGACAGAUCCACCAAGGUCCUGGACUUCCACCACCCCCACCAGCUGCUGGAGGGCAUGGAGGGCUUCAACCUGGAGCUCUCCGACCAGCCCGAGUCUCUGGAGCAGAUCCUGGUGGACUGCAGGGACACCUUGAAGUAUGGAGUGAGAACAGGUCACCCCAGGUUCUUUAACCAGCUGUCCACUGGAUUGGACAUUGUUGGGUUGGCAGGAGAGUGGUUGACCUCUACAGCCAACACUAAUAUGUUUACCUAUGAGAUCGCCCCUGUCUUUGUGCUCAUGGAGCAGCUGACACUGAAAAAGAUGAGAGAGAUGAUCGGCUGGCCUGAUGGAGAGGGCGAUGGGAUAUUUUCUCCAGGAGGAGCGAUCUCCAACAUGUACAGUGUGAUGAUUGCCAGAUACAAGUUCUUCCCUGAAGUGAAGACCAAAGGCAUGGCAGCUGCACCCAGACUGGUCCUCUUCACCUCCGAGCAUAGCCACUAUUCCGUCAAGAAAGCCAGCGCAGCUCUGGGCUUCGGGACUGAGAACCUGAUCCUUUUGAACACAGAUAAGAGAGGGAGAGUUAUUCCUGCUGAUUUGGAAGCCAAAGUAAUAGAGGCCAAGCAAAAGGGGUGUGUUCCGAUGUUUGUGAAUGCCACCGCCGGUACCACCGUCUAUGGAGCCUUCGAUCCCAUCAAUGAAAUUGCAGACAUUUGUGAAAAGUACAACAUGUGGCUUCAUGUGGAUGGUGCAUGGGGAGGAGGCUUGCUGAUGUCCAGGAAGCACAGACACAAGCUGAAUGGAGUGGAGAGGGCCAACUCAGUCACCUGGAACCCUCAUAAAAUGAUGGGAGUGCCGCUGCAGUGCUCUGCCGUUCUGGUCAGAGAGAGGGGAUUAUUACAAGGCUGCAACUCCAUGAGUGCUGGUUACCUCUUCCAGCCGGAUAAACAGUAUGAUAUUACAUACGACACGGGUGACAAAGCCAUUCAGUGUGGACGGCAUGUCGAUAUCUUUAAGUUCUGGCUCAUGUGGAAGGCAAAGGGAACAAUAGGAUUUGAACAGCAUAUCGACAAGUGCCUGGAUCUGUCGGCGUACCUCUACGAUAAAGUAAACAACAGAGAGGGCUUCGAGAUGGUGUUCGACGGAGAGCCGCAGCACACUAAUGUGUGUUUCUGGUAUCUUCCACCGAGCCUGCGCGGCUUGCCUGAUGGUGACGAGAGGCGGGAGAGGUUGCACAAGGUGGCCCCAAAGAUCAAGGCAUUGAUGAUGGAGUCCGGGACUACGAUGGUGGGUUACCAGCCACAAGGAAACAAGGUCAACUUCUUCCGCAUGGUCAUCUCAAACCCCGCUGCUACCAGGUCAGACAUCGACUUCCUGAUUGACGAGAUUGAGCGACUGGGCCACGACUUGUAAGAGCCGCACCUAAACCAUAUUUCCCCAAAACAUAUCCGACUCUGGAGAGCCUCGAGCCUGGCUUCAUGUCCCUUUUUGCCUCAUACAGACGUUGAAUUUUGCUUACAGAUCUUCUCUGGCAAUGCACAAGAAAUAAUACGCCGUGUGUGUCUCUUGUCUGUCUCUUCUGUCUUUAGCAGCGAUGACAUUUAUUCAAAACAUAUGCACACAAGGUUAUAAGAGUAAAAAGGAUAUAUCUGUGAGAGAAUCACAAAAGCACACUGGUAUUCUUGCUAAACCAUGUUAACUGGAAAUGAACCCACAUAUAAUAAUGUUGAUUACAUGAGAUUUACACUGGUUAUUUCUUAUGUAAAUAUAGAAUAGCAAGAAUAUCCGAGCACUUGAAUGAUUCUUUCUAUAGCAGCUAAAUAAAAAAAAAAAAAGUUAUUUUACUGUUGUACUAUAUGAAGGUCAUUAAAAACAGAAUGAGAUCAAAAUAUUUUUUCAGAAGUAUCAGAGCACAAUGUAGGGACCCUUAUAGCAUUAUCUAUGUACUGACUGUUGGUGCUCCAUGUCGUCUGUGUGGUUAUCAAGCCAGAUGCACCGCCACAUUGUACCCUAUCUGUUAUUUCCUUUUGAUAUUACAUAGGUGGAAAUAUACAUAACACAGUCAUUGUACUUGAUCGCUGUGUUUUUAGAGAUUUUUGUGUAGAUUGUGUAUAGUAUUGUUACAUUGCCUUUGUGCCAAAUGUGUCCUAGUUUUACAGUGAGAAAAUCCUAUAUCUAAAUCGACCAUACAGUAUAGUAUGUAAUAGAUAAAAAUCACUUUAUUUAUAUUCAGAGGUUAUAAUUGUGAAUAGGUUACCUGCUGUUCGUUUCCAGUUGUAAUGUAUGCUUCCUGUUGGGAAACCCUGCUGUACAAUAUCACAAUGUUUUAAACAACAUUGACUUAUUUUAAUGUAUUUGUGAACCAAAGAAGGGUUGAGGUACAUUUAUGAACAUGCCCUUAUUCUCCCUUAUGGAUGGGUUCAGAUGUUUAUAUAAGACAACUUAACUUACCGCCCUUAACUUUAGUGCAAUCUAUGUUGUGUAAUUGUGCAAUGUCAUUGUGAUUCCCUGACUGAUUAUCGUGCAGACACUUGGCUAUAUGUGGGAGGAAGCAUGACGAGAAUAGUGGCUGCUUCUGCCAUCGCUUUGUUCAUGAUAGAAAGCACAAUGCUGAACCAUGAUCAUAGGGCGGCUUUUAUUUUACAGACAUAAUGACUGUCUGUAUUAUAAUGUGUUAAGUGGAGUAAAACUAUAAUAUGCCAAAUUUUGUUUGUCUUAACAUACUCACUAUAGGAAAGAAAAACAAUGUGAGAAACUGGGAUUAUUUAUGAUGAACAUUUUAGCUUGAACAAUGAUAUGCACAGUGUUUGUUGCUGUAAUAUGAUUCAUUGAACAAUUGUACAUUCCUGAAUUAGUGGGAUAUAUAUCCCUUGUUAAAUUCAAUGUAGGCACUUUAACUUCAAGCCAUCAUUUACAGAGUAUUAUUGUUGUAUCCACAGCGAAAAUAAAGACAUGAGCUGUAGAACAUCUGUUUUUUGCAGUUUGUAAGAGGACAAAAAUAUAUGUAUGGUGAACAACCUUAACUGAUGUGUUAUGUU